AUGGCUUUGAGUGAUGAUAAACCUCCAAAUUUCCCCGAAUUUCGGAAUGUUUUCGGGCAGAUAUUUAAAAAAAGAGAGCAAAUCCACUUAUUGCGAACCAUUGUCGAAAUCCCGCUUCGCAGCACGGUUUAUGCAUUUGAAAUGUACGGCGAAGAGCUCGAUUUUCCUAGCGAAAACCUUUUGGAUUCAUUCAACAUAGAUGAUUUUCUCGUUCAAACCCAAUCCUCCAACAACAACGAUGAUUCUCUUUCGGACAUCCAAAGUCGAGCACAAGCGUGCACUCAUACCCAUGCCUGCAACCCGCCCGGCCCAGAUAAAACCCACACCCACACGUGUAUUCACGUUCACACCCAAAUCAUGCCCGACGAAAAAGCCCGGCCCAUGAUCGAGAACAAGCCCAAAACACGGCCCAAGGGAAACCGUGAAGCCGUGCGAAAAUACCGCGAGAGGAAAAAAGCUAAAGCCAAGUCAUUGGAGAAUGAGGUUGUUAAAUUGAGAGCCUUAAAUGAGGAGAUGAUGAAGAGAUUGCAAAACCGGGCUAUGUUAGAAGCAGAGGUCUCGAGGCUGAAGUGCUUGCUUGUCGAUAUUCGAGGGAAGAUUGGAAGUGAAAUCGGGUCUUUUCCUUACAAGAAAUCAACGAUUAGUACUAACAAUGAGAAUAAUAAUGAUAAUAAUCUUGUCGCAACUUACGUGAGCUCGUGUAAUGGCGAACAUGAAGCCGCCGGAUUUAACUGUCCUGGCUGUGAAUUUGGUGGCAGUAAUUCUUCUGGCAGCAGCAAGAGAAAGUAA